AUGAUCCUUGCUAUCACGAUCCUCCUCACCACGGCGGCAAUGGCAACGCCUCUGCCUGAGGUUGCAGACCCAGCCAAGAACCUUACCAUCAGCGAUCUCACCUGGCGAUGCAACUUCCACACCAUGGUAUACCAAUACUGCACGACUGAGAACGAUCGUGACUUCUGGAUGAAUACCCAUGCAACUAUCCCUAGCAUCAAUCACGGCGGCGACUUGAUCAAGAGCAUAGGCGAGACCGGAAACCUCGAUGUCGAUGGCGGCCACGGUGGCGCUGUCUACCGCGUCCACGAUGUCAACGGCUAUGACUUUACGGUCAUAUGGCGCGACGGGAGCAUCGGUUACACGUAUGAUAUCGGGGGGUGCUGGUGGGAUAUGCAUGAUAAGAUAGAUCGUUCUCGAUGCGAUCAUCGUGCAGGGUGUAAUCUCGGGGACUGGACUUCUGGACCGCUUAAUUGCGAGAAGGCUAAGAAAUGGAAUCAUAGAGUAGAAGGCGGAUGCUCUUCCACUUCCGUGGUCUAUAAGGCACUAUUGAUUUUCACACUCAUCAUUCUGAGGACUAAAGGGACUUGGAGACUCGAAUUGGGUAGACUCUGGAUUGAGAUAGAGAUAUCCAGGAACUUGAAUAUCUGCCCAUACACUUAA